AUGAAUCUCCGAGGCUUAGAGGAGCAUCUAGUCGAGGCUCCUUUGAGCACUGGCAAAAGCAUCUCGAUCGCUCUUCUCGCCGACGAAUCUUACCGCUUAUCGCGAAUACGCUCCGACAACGACCAAGACACUGAUAACACGGCGGCCUUCGCAAAGGCGGUAGAAGCAGAGACGUUGGCGGUCUCUGAUCUCCUAUCCCGUGAAGGCGGCGAAGAGGAUACAAAGGCUUACGAGGACUGGUGCGAGAAGAAGGGCAUUGUACCCGCCGACGGUAGAAAGACGGCCCCAAAGAGCACCCCGGCAAGCGAGGACGGCGGCAAUUCUGACGACCCAGACUAUGUCGCCGGACAGACAGAGUACCAUGAAGGCCAUGACAAUGACGAGAUGGAGGAGAAUGACAAGGAGUACUGCGAAGAGCAGACAAAAGGCCGCGGAGGCCCCAAGCGUGCGCUCUGGCUUACCCGCCUGCGACAGACGCCUCCCUCGGAAUUCGUUGACGAACCCCGCAUCAAGGCGGUCAUGGAUACAGUCGUACACGUGCUCUGGGACGACGCCUCGGACAAGAUUACGAUCUUCUCCAAAUAA